AUGGUGGACGAAAGUGCCGCGGUCCGUGGGGUGGCGGCCACUUUUCUGGCAGUGGCCAGCAUUGCGGUCGUCCUGCGAUGCUAUAUGCGCUUGCGCAUUGUCAAGGCGUUUGGCUGGGAUGAUACUGUCAUGAUCUUGUCUAUGCUAUUCUAUGUCAUGUUCUCCGAGUGUAUGAUCGGAGGCGCCUUCUGGGGAACAGGAAAGCAUCUCGUCGAUCUGACUCCCAAGCAGAGAACAGUCGCUAUGGAGUACUGGUUCCUCUGCGACAUUGGCUACGCCGUCUCGUCCAUUCUCUGCAAGAUAUCUGUCGCCAUCUUCUUGCUGCGUGUCAUGGUUCUUCCAUCUCACAGGCGGAUCAUGUACGCAGUCACUGUCCUCACAGUCCUUGUUGGCAUCGUCUUUUUCAUCCUCAUCAUAGUCCAAUGCUCGCCGGUGUCCUAUUUCUGGACGCGGAUGCGCGGCGACACCCCCGGCAGAUGCGGAUAUGUGGACGCGAUCAUCAUCAUGCUGUACAUCUUCAGUGUGGUUUCUGCGCUUUUCGACCUGACUGUUGGCCUGUUGCCUAUCUUGCUCGUGCGCAAUCUGCAGAUGAACAAGCAGACCAAGGUCGCUGUUGCGGGUCUCCUGGGCAUGGCAUGCAUCGCGAGUGUUGCCAUUAUAAUCCGGAUUCCUUUCGUUCAGACCAUUCGCAAUGAAGAUUUCCUAUAUGCAACCGUCCAGAUCGCAAUCUGGUCCAACAUCGAAACCGGCCUUGCCAUCACAGCCGGCAGCCUCGCCACCGUACGUCCUCUCUUCCGCAUCCUCCACAGCCGCACUGGAUCUUCCUACCGCAUCUUCGACUCCUCCGGCCCCCAGGGCAGGAAACGCCAGCACCAGUACCCCCUCGGUGACUUUGAAAGCAACGUGAACGGCACCUCGCUCUCCCGCCACGACUGCAGCAAGAACAACCCCAAGGACGUGCACCUUGGAACUACGGUCUCGACGGCAGAGAGAAACGAAGCCUCGGAUCUCACGACCUCAAGCACGGAGCACCUGAACGGAAAGUCGCACUCGGUGCCUGUGCUGUCUGCGUCUAAGAUUGGCGUACAUCGGACGUUUGAGGUCUCGACGACCAAGGCGGGCUCGUGA